AAUAUAAAUUUAGAUUAAGAUUUUAGACGCAGUUGCUAGUGAAUACAGAAUAGUGAUUAUAAAUGAUUCAUGUUUAUUGUUCUGCGAUUUUCAUAAAAGAAAUUUUUCGCUUACCCAUCUWACAAUAAUUUUUUUUAAAUAUUGAUUAUUCAUCGUUUUUAUUACAAUCAGCAUUUGUAUUAACAUACUGUCAACUGUAAAACGAAUAACUUGCCAGUUUACAUACUAGUAUUUUUUUAAUUAAAAAAAGAAAACAUGGCACCAUCAGCUGCAGUGAGCAAGAGAGAUGAUGGUCCAUCAACAUCCGAAGAUUUCGAUUUAGAUAAGACAGCCGAAGAGGCGAAAUCUUUGAUUGAGAAAGUCAUCAGAGACGUUGGCAAAAAGUCUGCAACCAGACAAUUGCUUUUUGGUUCAGCGUCUGGAUGGGCGACCGGUUUUAUUAUGAUGAAAUURGGUAAAGCUGCUGCAUUCACAGUCGGAAGUGGCAUAUUAGCUCUACAACUAGCCAAUUCGAGUGGUUAUAUAAAAAUUAAUUGGGAUAAAUUGACCAGAGGUGUUGAAAGAGUGGCUGAACAAGUCGAAGACAGUACAAGUGACAAGAAACAAGGAUUAUUGAAAAAGGUCAGAAACAUUAUAGAGACCAACUCCAUUAUGGCUGCUGGAUUUACUGGUGGCUUCUUCCUUGGUGUCGCCUACUCAUAAACAGAUUAUCUAUAUGCAGCAUUUAAGAAUUCUUUGCACAACAUUUUAACUAUAACAAAUUCACAAGCUAAUAUUUAAAUAUUGCAUCUUUCGUAAAAUAAUAACUAUUAAGUUAUUAUAUAAGUACAAUAAUUCAAGAAAUAUAUUAAAACAUAUAUACUUAAUAUUCAUUUAAACCUUUUAAAUUGGACAUAAACCAUCAAUUGUUUUUUAAUUUUUGUAAGACAUUUCUUUAUGUAUUGACCGAUUUCAGGUGGGGCGCUUUGUUGACAAGAAACUUGAUAAGGCUGAGGAUUUAUUAAGGAAGAAAGAA